ACAGCGUGAGACUCGCGCCCUCUGGCACGGAACAGGCCGGGCGACAGGUGUCGCUUGAAAAGACUGUGCUUGUCCUUGCUGGUGCAUGCGUCGUCGGCCUCUGUGCAGCAGGUUCAUGUGAUUCUCCUGCUUCAGUCUCCUGAGUAGCUGGAACUACAGGUGCGUGCCACCAUGCCUGAUGCUUUUUUUGUGUGUUUUUAGUAGAGACAGGGUUUCACCAUGUUGGCCAGCCUGAUCUCGAACUCCUGAUCUCAAGUCAUCUGCUUUCUUUGGCCUCCCAAAGUGCUGGGAUUACAGGCGUGAGCCACCACGCAUGACCUAAAGCUUCUUUAGGAUAAGAUUUGUGUAAGGGGUUUGCAAACUGAAAUGGAGGUGAUAUAAAUGCGAAAAAAUCUGAGUGUCUCUCUCUCUCUUUUUUUUUUUUUUUUUUUGAGACAGGGUCUUGCUCUGUCACCCAGUUUGGAGUGCAGUGAUGCAGUCUCACACUGCAAGCUCUGCCUCAUGGGCUCAAGUGAACCUCCUGCCUCAGCCUCCCAAGUAGCUGGGACCACAGGCAUGUGCCAACAUGUCUGGCUAAUUUUUGAGUUUUUUUGUAGAGAUGGUGUUUUGCCAAGUCACCCAGUUUGAGGCUGGUCUCAAACACCUAGGCUCAAGUAAUCCAUCUACCUCGGCCUCCCAAAGUGCUGGGAUUACAGGAGUGAGCGGUGGCAUGAGGCCUUGUGGGGUGUCUCUUUUAAAUGAAAGCAUACUCUGUUUACAUAUUUGAUAUGAAGGAAUAUCCUUCCUUUCCACAAAGACAAAAGUUCUCCUAUUUUUCUCGAAACAUGUCCUUUUCCUCUACUUUUCAUUUUUGUUACUGUUGAUAGACACAUGUGUUACACUGAUUUCACUUUCCUCAUAAUUCUGCUGUAAGAAAAACAGUAGUGCCAGUUCAAUGACAAAUAGCAACAGUCUGUUAUUGCUAGACUGUUAUUGUUAGCGGAGACUACCAGAACAGUCAGUCCCAGUGUCAGGGAAUCAAAGAGAACACGUUCCCUCUCUAAAGGGCACAGCUGCUACUCAGCUCUAGCUGAUUGCUGCCCUGCAGGACUAUAGGCCCAGUGUUGCUAGAUCUUUUGAUUUUUCAAGAGAAGCUUGGAAUCUAGAAUGUGAUGGGAAGUCUCUUACAUUUCAACAUGUUGGCAAUUAAUGGUAAGAUUUUAAAAUACUGUGGUCCAAGAAAAAAAUGGAUUUGGAAACCGGAUUAAAUUCAGAUGAGGCAUGCAGAUUAAUCCACAGCAUGGUGCAAUGUGAAUUUUCUGGUUUCUUUAAUUGCAGUGUAAUUAAGUAAGAUGUUAGCUUUGGGGAAGCUAAGUGCAGAGUAUGCAGAAACUAUUAUUUUUGUAAGUUUUCUCUAAGUAUAAAUAAAUUUCAAAAUAAAAAUAAGAAAUUAGUAAAGUACUAUAAUGCAAUUCUAUGUAAGCCAAACAUAAUAUGUCUUCCAGUUUGAAACCUCUGGGUUUUAUUUUAUUUUAUUUUUGAGACGGAGUCUUGCUGUGUCACCCAGGUUGCAGUGCGGUGGCGCUAUUUCGGCCCACUGCAACCUCCACCUCCCAGGCUCAAACGAUUCUCCUGCCUCAGCCUCCUGAGUAGCUGGGAUUACAGGCGCGCAUCACCACACCCAGCUAAUUUUUGUAUUUUUAGUAGAGAUGGGGUUUCACCAUGUUGGCCAGGCUGGUUUCGAACUCCUGACCUCAAGUGAUCCACUUGCCUUGGCCUCCCAAAGUGCUGGGAUUACAGGCGUGAGCCACUGCAUCAGGCAGAGACCUCUGUUUUUUAUCUCUUUUUGGCCUCUACAGUGCCCAGUAAAGCACCUGAUACAUGGUAAACAAUCAGUAAUUACUAGUGCUCUAUUUUGGAGAAAAUGUUUUUUUAAAAAGUCAUUGUGUUCCAUCCAUGAAUUGUUUGACUUUUAAAACUGUCUUUUUGUUUGUUUGUUUUUGAACAGGUUUACAAAGGAGAAAAACGACUUCUUCUAGACGUUUUUUUUCAGUUUCUUCUGUAAAUCAAAACAUCCCAAAAUGGAGACCUAAAAUCCUUAAAGGGACUUAGUCUAAUCUCGGGAGGUAGUUUUGUGCAUGGGUAAACAAAUUAAGUAUUAACUGGUGUUUUACUAUCCAAAGAAUGUUAAUUUUAUAAACAUGAUCAAGUUAUAUAAGGUAUAACUCUAAUGAGUUAGAUUCUGAAUUUGAUUUGUGGAAGUAAAGGAGAAGUGAUUCUAGCUGGGGCAUAUUGUUAAAGCAUUUUUUUCAGAGUUGGCCAGGCAAUCUCCUACUGGCGUAUUCUCCCAUUAUAUAGAAUAGAAACAGUACCUGUGUUUGGGAAAGAUUUUAAAAUGAGUUAUUUCGAACAAAGAGCUAAUAAUCAAUCCACUGCAAAUUAAAGAAACAUGCAGAUGAAAGCUUUGACACAUUAAAAUACUUCUACAGUGACAAAGAAAAAUCAAGAACAAAGCUUUUUGAUAGGUGCAACAAAUUUAGAGGAAGUAAAAAGAUAAAUGUGAUGAUUGGUCAAGAAAUUAUCCAGUUUUUUACAAGGCCAUUGAUAUUUUAAAAGUCCAAAAGUUUGUUUAAAUGGGCUGUUAUCUCUGAGAAUAAUGAGGAUAAGAAUGAUGGUUGAAGGUUACAUUUUAGGAAAUGAAGAAACUUAGAAAAUUAAUAUAAAGAUAGUGAUGAAUACAAAGAAGAUUUUUUUAACAAUGUGUAAAAUUUUUGGCCAGGGAAAGGAAUAUUGACGUUAGAUACAAUUACUUACUUUUGAGGGAAAUAAUUAUUGGUAAUGAGAUGUGACGUUUCUCCUGCCACCUGGAAACAAAGCAUUGAAGUCUGCAGUCGAAAAGCCCAACAUCUGUGAGAUCCAGGAAACCAUGGUUGCAAAUCACUGGUUAAAAAAAAAAAAAAAGCCACAAUGACUUGCUUAUUGGUCAUUGCUAGUAUUAUUGACUCAGAACUUCUUUACUAAUGGCUAGUAAGUCAUAAUUGAGACAUUCUGAAUUUGGACAAGGUGUCCGCUGUUGAAAUGGUAAAUUUAUUAUAUAUUUUUGUCACGAUAAAUUCUGGUUCAAAGUAUGCUAUCCCUGAAAUGAUUUCUGACCAAAACUACAUUGAUGUAAUUUGAUUAUCCAUCUUAACCUAUAGAUGGCAUUUGGUAACUUUUGACUGUUUUAAAAAAUAAAUCCACUAUCAGAGUAGAUUUGAUGUUGGCUUCAGAAACAUUUAGAAAAACAAAAGUUCAAAAAUGUUUUCAGUAGGCGAUAAGUUGAAUAAUUCUACAAUGUUAGUUCUUUGAGGGGGACAAAAAAUUUAAAAUCUUUGAAAGGUCUUAGUUUACAGCCAUAUCUAAAUUAUCUUAAGAACAUUUUUAACCAAGGGAAUGAAAUAUAUAUCAUGAUUCUGUUUUUCCAGAAGUAAACUGAAUAUAGCAAUGAAGUUCAGUUUUGUUAUUGGUAGUUUGGGCAGAGUCUCUGUUUGCAGCACCUGUUGUCUACCGUAAUUACAGAGGACAUUUCCAUGUUCUAGCCAAGUAUACUAUUAGAAUAAAAAAAGUCAACAUUGAGUUGCUUCAACAGCAUGAAGCUGAGUCCAAAGGACCAAAUGAACAAACAUGUUAAUCUUUGAUGAUUUAUUUUAAAUAGAAUAUUUAAUUGUGUAAGAUCUAAUAGUAUCAUUAUGCUUAAGCAAUCAUAUUCCUGAUGAUCUAUGGGAAAUAACUAUUAUUUAAUUAAUAUCGAAACCAGGUUUUAAGAUGUGUUAGCCAGUCCUGUUAUUAGUAAAGCUCUUUAUUUGGAGAAAACUUUUAGAUUGUUUUGUUCUCCUUAUUAGAAGGAUUGUAGAAAGAAAAAAAUGACUAAUUGGAGAAAAAUUGGGGAUAUAUCAUAUUUCACUGAAUUCAAAAUGUCUUCAAUUGUAAACCGUACCAUUAUUUUAUAUACCUCUAAGAAAUAAAAGUGCUGCUAACUAAAAUAUGAUAUGCCAUUAAUUAUAAAAUACUUCUUGAUAACAGAAGUUUUAAAAUAGCCAUCUUAGAAUCAGUGAAAUAUGGUAAUGUAUUCUUUUCCACCUUUGAGAUAGGUCUUGCGCUUUUUUUUUCCUGGCCACUAAAUUUCACAAUUUCCAAAAAGCAAAAUAAACAUAUUCUGAAUAUUUUUGCUGUGAAACACUUGAGAGCAGAGCUUUCCACCAUGAAAAGAAGCUUCAUGAGUCACACAUUACAUCUUCAGGUUGAUUGAAUGCAACUGAAACAUUCUAGUAGCCUAGAGAAGUUGACCUACCUGUGGAGAUGCCUGCCAUUAAAUGGCAUCCUGAUGGCUUAAUACACAUUACUCUUCUGUGAAGGGUUUUAAUUUUCAACACAGCUUACUCUGUAGCAUCAUGUUUACAUUGUAUGUAUAAAGAUUAUACAAAGGUGCAAUUGUGUAUUUCUUCCUUAAAAUGUAUCAGUAUAGGAUUUAGAAUCUCCAUGUUGAAACUCUAAAUGCAUAGAAAUAAAAAUGAUAAAAAAUUUUUCAUUUUGGCUUUUCAGCCUAGUAUUAAAACUAAUAAAAGCAAAGCCAUGCACAAAACUACCUCCCCAGAGAAAGGCUAGUCCCUUUUCUUCCCCAUUCAUUUCAUUAUGAACAUAGUAGAAAAUAGCAUAUUCUUAUCAAAUUUGAUGAAAAGCGCCAACACGUUUGAACUGAAAUACGACUUGUCAUGUGAACUGUACCGAAUGUCUACGUAUUCCACUUUUCCUGCUGGGGUUCCCGUCUCAGAAAGGAGUCUCGCUCGUGCUGGUUUCUAUUACACUGGUGUGAAUGACAAGGUCAAAUGCUUCUGUUGUGGCCUGAUGCUGGAUAACUGGAAAAGAGGAGACAGUCCUAUUGAAAAGCAUAAAAAGUUGUAUCCUAGCUGCAGAUUCGUUCAGAGUCUAAAUUCAGUUAACAACUUGGAAGCUACCUCUCAGCCUUUUCCUUCUUCAGUAACAAAUUCCACACACUCAGUAUUUCCGGGUACAGAAAACAGUGGAUAUUUCGGUGGCUCUUAUUCAAGCUUUCCAUCAAAUCCCAUAAACUCCAGAGCAAAUCAAGAUUUUUCUGCCUUGAUGAGAAGUUCCUACAACUGUGCAAUGAAUAACGAAAAUGCCAGAUUACUUACUUUUCAGAUGUGGCCAUUGACUUUUCUGUCGCCAACAGAUCUGGCAAAAGCAGGCUUUUACUACAUAGGACCUGGAGACAGAGUGGCUUGCUUUGCCUGUGGUGGAAAAUUGAGCAAUUGGGAACCGAAGGAUAAUGCUAUGUCAGAACACCUGAGACAUUUUCCCAAAUGCCCAUUUAUAGAAAAUCAGCUUCAAGACACUUCAAGAUACACAGUUUCUAAUCUGAGCAUGCAGACACAUGCAGCCCGCUUUAAAACAUUCUUUAACUGGCCCUCUAGUGUUCUAGUUAAUCCUGAGCAGCUUGCAAGUGCGGGUUUUUAUUAUGUCGGUAACAGUGAUGAUGUCAAAUGCUUUUGCUGUGAUGGUGGACUCAGGUGUUGGGAAUCUGGAGAUGAUCCAUGGGUGGAACAUGCCAAGUGGUUUCCAAGGUGUGAGUACUUGAUAAGAAUUAAAGGACAGGAGUUCAUCCGUCAAGUUCAAGCCAGUUACCCUCAUCUACUUGAACAGCUGCUAUCCACAUCAGACAGCCCAGGAGAUGAAAAUGCAGAGUCAUCAAUUAUUCGUUUUGAACCUGGAGAAGACCAUUCAGAAGAUGCAAUCAUGAUGAAUACUCCUGUGGUUAAUGCUGCCGUAGAAAUGGGCUUUAGUAGAAGCCUGGUAAAACAGACAGUUCAGAGAAAAAUCCUAGCAACCGGAGAGAAUUAUAGACUCGUCAAUGAUCUUGUGUUAGAUUUACUCAAUGCAGAAGAUGAAAUAAGGGAAGAGGAGAGAGAAAGAGCAACUGAGGAAAAAGAAUCAAAUGAUUUAUUACUAAUCCGGAAGAAUAGAAAGGCACUUUUUCAACAUUUGACUUGUGUAAUUCCAAUCCUGGAUAGUCUACUAACUGCCAGAAUUAUUAAUGAACAAGAACAUGAUGUUAUUAAACAGAAGACACAGACAUCUUUACAAGCAAGAGAAUUGAUUGAUACGAUUUUAGUAAAAGGAAAUAUUGCAGCCACUGUAUUCAGAAACUCUCUGCAAGAAGCUGACGCUGUGUUAUAUGAGCAUUUAUUUGUGCAACAGGACAUAAAAUAUAUUCCCACAGAAGAUGUUUCAGAUCUACCAGUGGAAGAACAAUUGCGGAGACUACAAGAAGAAAGAACAUGUAAAGUGUGUAUGGACAAAGAAGUGUCCAUAGUGUUUAUUCCUUGUGGUCAUCUAGUAGUAUGCAAAGAUUGUGCUCCUUCUUUAAGAAAGUGUCCUAUUUGUAGGAGCACAAUCAAGGGUACAGUUCGUACAUUUCUUUCGUGAAGAAGAACGAAAACAUUGUCUAAACUUUAGAAUUAAUUUAUUAAAUGUAUUAUAACUUUAACUUUUAUCUUGAUUUGGUUUCCUUAAAAUUUUUAUUUAUUUACAACUCAAAAAAACAUUGUUUUGUGUAAUAUAUUUAUAUGACUAUAUGUAUCUAAACCAUAUGAACAUAUAUUUUUUAGAAACUAAGAGAAUGAUAGGCUUUUGUUCUUAUGAACAAAAAAGAGACAGCACUACAAACACAAUAUUCAAUCAAAAUUUCAGCAUUAUUGAAAUUGUAACUGAAGUAAAACUUAAGAUAUUUGAGUUUACCUUUCAGAAUUUUAAAUAUUUUGGCAUUGUAUUAAUACCGGGAACAUGAAGCCAGGUGUGGUUGUAUGUGCCUGUAGUCCCAGGCUGAGGCAGGAGGAUUACUUGAGCCCAGGAGUUUGAAUCCAUCCUGGGCAGCAUACUGAGACCCUGCCUUUAAAAACAAACAGAACAAAAACAAAACACCAGGGACAUAUUUCUCUGUCUUUUUUGAUCAGUGUCCUAUACAUCGAAGGUGUGCAUAUAUGUUGAAUGACAUUUUAGGGACAUGGUGUUUUUAUAAAGAAUUCUGUGAGAAAAAAUUUAAUAAAGCAACAAAAAUUAUUCUUA